CGAGUCCCAUGAACCCUGUAAGGAGUAUCACUGUUCUGGCGAUACGGUUACCUCACGAGACGAAGGUAUCAAACAGUCCUGAGACGCUGUAUUUCCGUAUUUCACAAGGAACUACAACAUGGAAGGGGUUAGAAACUGGACCACACUACUGGUUGUUCUAGCAAGUGUUCCAGCUUUGUGUCUCGCGCAAUUGCAAGUGAACGUUUUCCUCCAGCCAACCAACAUAAUCGAUAACGUAACAGAAACUUUGUUAGUAAGAUGCUAUCUCACGGGCAGCGUGGCUGACGGAAUCUCAGCUCAGUCAAUCUUUCUGAACUUCAAUAAGUCAUCAUCAGUGAGUACAAUUACUCGGGCAAGUGUACAGGGCGUUGGGAAUCCCUCGUUGAGUCCCGACAUUGCCGACAGAGCCACAGUGGAAGGGUCAAUCAACGCGGAUUUGGCUACAUCUUCGUACUUGAACCUCAACUUCAACAAUGUGUCCUGUGCUGACGUUGGGAUGUACACAUGCAAGUUCACUUACCAAAACGGGACAACAAUGACGAAGGAAACAUCGGCACAAGUAUCCGGGUCAUCCCUGCCAGGUAGGAUUGAAGUGCGACACGACCCUGUCAAGCAAAAGUAUGCCAUUGGGGAAACGGUGACCCUGAUCUGUUCAGCCAUGGUCAGCAAGCCUGCAAGAGAUUGGACAUGGCAGAAAUUUGAAGGGGGGUCCUGGAAGCCAUACACUAACGGGGUUUCCCAAGACACUCCUGCACUGGUGACCGACUGCGCCUACUACCGCACCACCUCCCUCGUAUAUAGGGUCACAGAUGAGGAUGAGACCAAGUUUCGCUGCAUCAUCGGCAGUGACAUCAGCACCUCCAUGGAAACCAGCAUCAACGGCGUAGUGAAUGGUGGUCAACACUUGAUUAUCUCACCUGUACUUGUGAUGCUGUCCAUCUUGUGUGCCAUCUGGCAGUGAGAGAGGAAUCAAGGGAGAUAACCAACAUUCUCAUUGUUUCAUACAAGUAUAUCAUCCCAUUUAUGCUCAUUGCUAGGAAAAUGUUUGAAAAUGGUUAAGUCUGAGUGAUGAUGCACUUGACAGUAUCAAAGUUUUUGCUGUGUAGAGAGCAGCUGUCCUGAAACUGGGGCACCAUCUCUGGAUCUGGGGUUUUUUUUUCACAAAUAUGCUUGACCUUGGGGAUGAGGUUUUUAUGAAAAACGUUUUUUGUGCUAUUGCAUUUAGUAAAACAACAUUACAGGACACUCAGCUAUCAAUACUCAAUACAACAAGGAUUGGAUUCCAUGGGAAGAAAUUGUAUCUGAAACUAAUUGUACCAACAAAAACAUAUUGCAAUAUUGUGUUAUUUAAGUUUCUGCUUAUAUAACAUGUUUUUAAGAAAGCAAAA